AUGGAGAAUUUGUUGCUUGAUUCUGGUGAAACUAUGGAAAUGGUUACUACUAUACAGAAAAUCGAGGAAACAGUGAAGGGGAUACUCAGAGAAGCCGACAUGGAUCAAAUGACUGAGUUUAAGCUCAGAAUCGCCGCUUCGGCUAAGCUCGGUUUCGAUUUGUCGGAGACGAAUCAUAAGAAGCUAGUCAGAGAUGUUCUCGAAGCUUUUUUGCUAUCGAAUCCAGGUGACGAGACUGUCCACAGUGAAGCAAUUGUACCGGAGACGGUAGUUCCGGCGAAUCAAGAGACAGUUUCUGGUGCUGCUGUUUCCGCUUCUGGUGGUAUUGAAGAUCAACGCUUUAUCUAUCAGUUAUCGGAGAAGAAAAUUGUGACGGUUGAUAGAUACAAAGGCCGAGCUUUUCUUUCGAUCGGGAAGACUACUCCGGGAUGUAAAAAGCCUUUUAGAGGAAUACAUUUUCCAACUAACCAAUGGUUUGAGAUCAAGAAAAAUUUCGCAGCAAUAGAGGAAGCCAUUAAGCAGUCCCAAUCAAAAUCACUAACCAAAAAUGGAGAUACGUCUGAGGCUGUGGAUAACAAUAGCACUGGCGGUUUUGUUCCUAUCGAGACUUCACGUUUUGAUGGGAAAAGUUAUCAUUGUUGGGCAUCACAGAUGGAACUCUUUUUGAAGCAAUUGAAUCUCAGUUAUGUUCUCUUUGAACCUUCUCCUGGUACCGGUAACUCUCAAGGCCCUGAAACCAACCCAAGCGAUAUAAAUCAAGCUGAUGCUGCUGGGAAAAAUUGGUUGAGAGAUGAUUACCUCUGCCACAAUCACUUGUUGAAAUCUUUGUCAGAUCAUCUAUACCGUCAAUACUCGAAGAAAUUCAAGCAUGCUAAAGAAUUGUGGGACGAGUUAAAAUGGGUCUACCAAUGUGAGGAAUCCAAUUCAAAGAGGUCGCAUGUCAGAAAAUACAUUGAGUUCAAUAUGGUGGAAGAGAGGCCGAUACUCGAGCAAGUCCAAGACUUUAACAGGAUUGCGGAUUCCAUAGUGAGUGCCGGUAUGUUUCUCGAUGAGACAUUUCAUGUGAGUACCAUCAUUUCCAAGUUUCCCUCGUCGUGGAGAGGCUUCUGCACCAGGUUGAUGGAAGAGGAGUUUUUACCGGUCUGGAUGUUGAUGGAACGAGUAAAAGCUGAAGAAGAGUAUCUCAGAAAUGGAGCGCAAGGGGUUACAUAUAGACCAGCCACAGGCUCUUGCCACAUGGAAAGGAGACCAAGUCUGGAAAGGAGACCGAGUCUAGGAACAACGCAUAGGGGAUCUCAGAGCAUAGGUUGGAAGAGGAAAGAACCUGAGAGAGACGGGAGAGUCACCACUGUCUGUGACAAUUGUGGGAGGAAAGGACAUCUUACAAAGAAUUGUUGGGGUAAGAAACCUGAUGAGAGAGGGAAACCGAACAGGGUUGCUUCUUCAGUCGCUGCAUCCGUGGUCUCAGACACUCAAGCAACAACUAACAAUGAUAGGGGAGUAGUAGCUGAUAAUCACUGA